AAACGAAAAGUUUUCACUCAGUACAAAAAUAGCCACCGUUCAACGAUUAUUUCCUCCAGCGGUUGCGUUGUUAAUUCUUAUAUAUACAAAUAUAUAUAGUCAUAGUAUAUUAUUGGUAAUUUAUAAACUUAUAGUAUAUAUUCAAUUUUUUUAAUACGCCGAAAUCGUAAUUUUUCUCCGAAAUACAGGCAAUAUUAUAAUGAGUGACCGUAGUAGAUUCGCGUUCGGCAGCUUAGCCCAGACAUCUCAAUACCAGAAUCGCUGUGCAUUGUGCUUGACCUCGACCACGGACGACGGGAACGCGACGGGUAUUUGCCAACACGCGGCAAGCGUCGAGUCGGCGUUACACUAUCUGCGAAAUUACGGGGCCUCGACGAGCCCGCCGUAUAGCUCGUCACUGUAUCACGGUCAGGACGCAGGAUCGGCAGCACCAGCAUACCCGGCGUUCGGUAGCUGUUCCCCGCCCGUUUCGCCCAACUACUACACCCUGGCCGAGUUCCUGUUGCGUAUGAACCGCAUGCAACAGGAGAACAACGGUGGCCACCAUCACUUGCGCCAGCCACCGAUUUCGUCCAGGCCCCCUAAGACCAAGUCCGAGAUGGGAUGCCUACGCGAGUGCGCGUUCUGCAAGAGCAACGGCGAGACGGCCGAGUUUUACAAGUCGCACUUCCUCAAGGACCCCGUGGGCCGAGUCAGAUGCCCGAUACUGCAACGGUAUCAAUGUCCGUUUUGUUAUGCAACUGGAGAGAACGCACACACAAGACGUUACUGUCCAAAAAAUCCAAAUAAAAUGUGUUUUAUCAAAGGAGAUCAACUUGUUAAGCAAAAUUUGCAAUGAAAAAUAAAUAUUAUUGUUUAUAUGUUUAGUUAAUAUAUUAUUAAAUAAUUGUUUUUGGA